AUGCCGCAAACGCCCCCCGCCGCCUCCUCACAUCCCGAGGAGUCGAGGACGCCGGACCGAGGCACCCACCACGAUGCCCGCCGCAGGACAUCAGGGGAGACGAAGCCAGCGCCCUCGCCGCUCGUCGACCAGACGCAUCGGGGCCGCCCACCCGAGGCAGCUCAGAUGAGGCCCAGACCUAGGCCCGCUGGCCCUGAUCUGGGCCCGCCGCCGCCACCCAUGGCCACGGGCACGCCGUCGCAGGGCCGCGCCGGCCAGCCAGAAGCCCCGCCGCCACUCCACCGGAGAUGCGUCUUCACCACGCCGUGGUCGGGUCACCGCGCCGCCGCGCAGGACGACGAGCACGUCGCCCCACGGCGGCCGCGCCGGCCCGCGCCACCACAGCCACGCGGGGGAGAGAGAAGCCCCCCGCCGCCGGAGCCCCGGGCCUUUGCCCGGCGGCGCCCUCUAGCGACGGUGAGGGAGGGACGGGGGGAGGAGGGGCUGGAGGUUGGGGGAGACGAGCGUUUCGCCCUGUGCUCGCGGGAGCGGCAGGACGAAACGCUUCCACAACCGUCCGUCAGUGUGCAACCACUGGCUCGACAGUUCAGCUAA